AUGAACGUCGGCGUGGCGCACAGCGAGGUGAACCCCAACACACGGGUGAUGAGCAGCCGGGGGAUCUGGCUGGCCUACGUGAUCUCCGUGGGAGUCCUCCACGUCGUGCUCCUCAGCAUCCCCUUCUUCAGCAUCCCCGUGGUCUGGACGCUCACCAACGUCAUACACAACCUG